CCUGGGAUUCAGUGUCUCAGACUUUAGAGACGAGUGGACAGGCAGGCUGACAGGAUGCAGAAAGCAGUGAUUCUUGUUUCCCUGCUAGUCCUGGGGUGGAGCUGGACCCUCCAGGGGGUCCCUGUACUCCAAGAACCUCUCUUUCCCACGCAGGAGAACUUUGAUCAGGCCCGGUUUUUGGGAACCUGGUAUGAUGUUGCCGUGGCAAGUACGUGUCCCCAUAUGCAAAGUCACAGGAAAGAUGCAGCCAUUGGUAAACUGGUUCUGCAGAGCAGCACCCAGGGCAAACUCAAGGCAACUCGAACUGCACUCAGACAUGGAACAUGUAAGGAGAUGUCUGUGGACUAUGAGAUGACCAGCACACCAGGGCGAUUCUCUUAUCACAUUGCGAAGUGGGGGGCAGACGUGGAUUCCUAUGUGGUUCACACAAACUACAAUGAGUAUGCUAUAAUGAUAAUGAGCAAGCAGAAAUCUUCAGGGACUAAGAGCACCUCAGUGAAACUUUACAGUCGAACUAAGACUGUGAGGGCCACGGUGCUGGCUGACUUCAAAACACUGGCCAGACAGCAGGGAAUGACUGAUACCAAUAUUGUCAUUAAGCAGGACAAAGGUGACUGUGUUCCUGGAGAGCAGGUGGCAGAGCCUUCAGCUCAACCUGAGCCUCAGCGAAAGAAGAGAAAUGUGGUGCCUUCUUUGGCUGUUGCAGAAGAGGAGGGUUCUGGUGGUGGUGAUGAUGCACCUUUUUUCAAUGGAACGGAGUCCUGUAAAGCAGCACCAGAUACCGGACCUUGUUUUGGGCUUCACCAGCGAUACUUCUACAACUCCUCUUCAAUGAGCUGUGAAGUCUUCAAGUAUGGAGGGUGUAUGGGCAACCAGAACAACUUUGAAAAUGAAAGAGAGUGUCUGCAGAGAUGUCGCACUGAGGCUGUUUGCCGUCUGCCCAUGGCGGCCCAACCCUGCACAGGCCAGCCACCCAUCUGGGCCUUUGACUCCACUGCCGGUCUGUGUGUGCUCUACAAAGGGGGCUACUGCCAAACCAACGCUAACAAGUUCUACACCAAGGCUGAGUGUGAGGAGUACUGCGGGGUGGUGAAAGAUGAUGCAGAGCUCCUGAAGGCAAACUGAGAAAUAUUGCUGCACAUCUGAACUUAUCUGUGUGUGUAUUUUGGACCCAGGAGGGAAAAAAUGGAAUUUCCCCCACUGAGGAUUGAUAAAAGUAAUUCCUCUUCAUAUUGUCUGCUUCUGUACCUGUAAUAACAGAGUAGGUACCUGCUAAAAAAAAAGGGGGGAGAGAGAUAUCUGUUCAAAUGAAGAAAAACUGAAGUUUAUUGCAAUGGAAAUAUAAUUUCCUGUGGAUGACACGUUCAACUGUACUUAGAGUCAAGGGUAUGGUCUUGACCUGCUCCGUAUGAAAAGUGCCCUGAAAUAACUUCUCUUAUGCCAUACAAAUAAAAUGCACAAAAUGCCACAAA